AUGUUCCCCCGAAUCAUCUUCUGUGGCUCUGUCAUUGUAGCCACGCUCACGGUGAUUCUCCUGGCCUUGUUCUCACCCGUGGCUCACCACCGCCAAUCGAAGACCCAGUCGCCACCGUGGCUCGCCCUGUCUCUGUACAUCCAGCAACCAAGCACUCCGAGCUCAUAUAAUCAGCAGGUGGUGGGAUCAGAAGGGGGAGCAUUCAUAUUCCACCGGACACUCACCGAGGGCCCCAAGAACACUUCCAGAGUCAUUGGCCGAGCUCAAGGCUUCAUCAUCCCCAUCGAACACUUUGCACAUUCAGCAUUUAAUGUUAUUUAUCUGACUUACGACACAGCAACAUAUUCCGGUAGUCUCAGUGUAGAGGCAAGGCACGUUGCUCAUGAGGACAGACAAGAGCUCACUGUGGUCGGUGGAACAGGGGAUUUUGCCUUCGCCCACGGACUGGCUGUUUUUGCUCAAGCAGAAAAGCAUCCAUCUGACAUCGAUCCAACUACUUACCAUAUCAAGUUGCAACUGAAGUUCCCUAACAGGUCUCAGACCAUCCCAGGAUGA